AUGGGCUUCUUUGGUCUACUUCGUUGUUGUUGCGGGGGACGCCGGAGGAAACAUCCAGACUCUAUUGGCAGGUACCCAUAUGUGCCACAUGAACAGCCAGCUCUUGAUCCUGUACUACCAACCAAAGAACGUGUUGUCGAGACUACUACGAAAGCCAAAGAGCAAAUCACGCCUCCACCAGAUUACUCAGUAAACUCCUUGUCCGAGGUGCAAACCGUUGUCUCAUCUGCUCCAGAUCCCGGUGAUAUCAGCCCUUCUUCCUCAUACACCAAGAAACAAGAUGAAAAGAAGGACAUUGCAGCCCGGCCCAUCAAGCCAAUGCGUAAGCGCCUUGACAAGGAAGCAAGAUACUCGACAGACGAUGUGCAACUAGGGUCAUAUACUAAGGCGACCAAUGGACAAGAACCGAAGAGUCUCUUGAAGACACCACUGCCAGCUAGUUCGUACGAGAAGAACAAAGAGACCACUACAAAACCUUUUGUUUUUACCGCCGGCAAGGGAAGCACGCAAGCUGAGAAGAAAACUACCGUAUCUUCUUCUUCUUCUUCUCCUCCAACAACGAGACCUAAGAAACCACUCCCCCUCCGCCCAAAAUCCACCAUCCCAACCUACCCAUCUCCCCCCUCCCUCUCCCCCUCUCCCUCUCCCCCUUCCUCCCCCAUCUCCCCAACCACUACCACCCUCCCCUCCCGCCAAACCACCGCCCCAACAACCCUCACAACCACCACCUUCCCUCCUCCCCUCCCACCCCACCCCCCUCCAACCCCGGCGCCACCUGCCCCAAAUGCGCCUCCCCCAACAAACUCCUCACCACGCAAUCUUCCAACCUCAACAACGGCCGCCCCUACCGCCUCUGCACCAACCGCUCCUGCGGCUCCUGGAACGGCUUCACCGAUACCCGCGAUGGAUGCGAGCGGCCGCAGGAAGGCGUUUUAUAGUUGUCAGUUCAAGGCGUGUGGGGCGUGGAGGGAGUGUGAGGGUGAGGAUGGAGGGGCGAAGUGGUUUGGGAGGGAGGAGAUUGGGGAGAUGGUUGAGGGGGGUAGGAUUUGA